CAGCAUUUACAUCACAAUUGGGCCGGAGUUUUUAAAAUGUCUGGCCCUCUCCCUCCCCACCACCCGUGGCUGCUGUGUCCAGACGGAGAAUGUUCUAGCGCUGGGGGCGGCUGCGCAUGAAGUCCUUGGGGGGAAAAGGAGCAGGCCAAGGGCGAUGGUGGAGUAGAGCUGCCUCACAGAGGCAGCAUGAGCUGAGAGGGUGAUAGGAAGGAGGCGCUAGACAGCAUGGAGGACUUUCUGCUCUCCAAUGGGUACCAGCUGGGCAAGACCAUUGGGGAAGGGACCUACUCAAAAGUCAAAGAAGCAUUUUCCAAAAAACACCAAAGAAAAGUGGCAAUUAAAAUUAUAGACAAGAUGGGAGGGCCAGAAGAAUUUAUCCAGAGAUUCCUGCCUCGGGAGCUCCAGAUUGUCCGUACCCUGGACCACAAGAACAUCAUCCGGGUGUAUGAGAUGCUGGAGUCUGCCGACGGGAAAAUCUACCUGGUGAUGGAACUGGCUGAAGGAGGGGAUGUCUUUGACUGUGUGCUGAAUGGGGGGCCGCUGCCCGAGAACCGGGCCAAGGCCCUCUUCCGUCAGAUGGUCGAGGCCAUCCGCUACUGCCAUGGCUGUGGUGUGGCCCACCGGGACCUCAAAUGUGAGAACGCCUUGUUGCAGGGAUUCAACCUGAAGCUGACUGACUUUGGCUUCGCUAAGGUGUUGCCCAAGUCACGCCGAGAGCUGAGCCAGACCUUCUGCGGCAGCACAGCCUACGCCGCCCCCGAGGUGCUGCAGGGUGUCCCCCACGAUAGCAAGAAGGGGGACGUCUGGAGCAUGGGCGUCGUCCUGUACGUCAUGCUCUGUGCCAGCCUACCUUUUGACGACACAGACAUCCCCAAGAUGCUGUGGCAGCAGCAGAAGGGGGUGUCCUUCCCCGCUCAUCUGGGCAUCUCGGCCGAGUGCCAGGACCUGCUCAGGCGGCUCCUGGAACCAGAUACGAUCCUCCGGCCUUCAAUCGAAGAAGUUAGUUGGCAUCCAUGGCUAGCAAGCACUUGAUAAAAGCAAUGGCAAGUCCUCCCCAAUAAAGCAGGGGAAGAAAGCAAACCCAAAAACCCGCUUCUAAGAUGGUGAUAUAUAUUUUACACUUGAAGUUUACUUCUAUCCUAAAACUUACCUACACCCUCCCCAAGCCUUACUUCUCUUUCCCUUUAAAGAUCUUCAUGCAACCAGAGGGCCUCGUUCAGACUUCCCUUUUAUUACAGCUAACAAGUGAUUUUCACACAGGUGUUUAACUCAGAUUAAUGGAAAAAAAAAAAAAAAAAAACAGACCCCAGAAUCAUACACACACUGGGGGAGGAGAGGGGAAAAGUGACCAAGAGCAACUGGAACCACCACUGUUGCAACUUCCUUUCCAAAUAAAAGCAGAAGUGCUGGGAAUGCAGAGACUCCUUGUCUUGGUGAGAGGCCUGCUGGGGGCCCGGUCCCUGCCUCACCCCAGAGUCUAAGCUGAGUCUGAGGUGAGGACAGAGGACUUCCUUGAGACCCAGACCACCCCUCCCUGCCUGCCCCUGCCCCUUCCCCAGGCUCCACGCAGGAAGCCAGCCUGCACACUGUGUCCGUCCUGCCCUGCCUCCAGGGCAGCUGCUGUUGGGGACAAGAAUAGACCCCCAGACUUCCAGCUUCUGUUGAAUCUCUUUAAUGCUGUUAAUGGCAAGUCUGGAAAAGGUUCAGAACAAAGUUCUUUUUCUUUCUUUUUUUAAUUACAAAACUAACAGCUGUUAGAAUCUUUUUUUUUUUCCCUUUUUUCUUUUCCUGGCUACAAAAUACUCUGGGGAGAUGCAUUAUAAUUUAAAAUAUA